UACACUGCCUACACUGUGCUGAAUAAUGUCUGCUAGCAGCUGCAGCAUAGCCCGGUAAGAAUUCUGCUUUUCAAGAAGCAAUGAUCAGAUGAAACUGGCAUCUUCAGCUAUUUCUGUAGUGGAUUCUGCUGAUGAUUGCAGUUACUUCUGGAGGAAAGCCAUCUGUCAAUCAUGAAUCACCCAGCACUGAGUGAACAUCUUCCAAAGCCCUCCGUGUCAUUAUUUACAAGUGAUCCUGAUGAUGUGAUUAUGGAGGGGGACACAAUCAGCUUUCUCUGUGAGACCCCAUACAGGAACGCAAAGACAUUCUUCUUUACAUGUCUCAAAACUAACGUGACAAGAGAGCAGAGUCAAUCAAAAUUUACUAUCAACGAGGUCACACAAAACCACUCUGGAGGGCACACGUGUAAAUACUGUGACCAAUCAUCAUGCUCAGAGCCUAGUGACCCUGAACACAUCUAUGUUCGAGACACAUUGCCUGAGCCAAUAAUCUCUGUGAAACCAAGGAGAAUUGUCCACUCUGGAGACAGCAUCACAAUCACCUGCAGUGCUUCCGAUGAGGAUAUCAUCUUUAUGCUCUACAAAGACUAUAAGUUGGUUAAAGAAGCUGCUGCCAGCAGCAAUACAACUUCCUAUGAGAUCCAAAGCAUCAGAAAGGAAAAUGCCGGUCAGUAUAUGUGCUGGUAUAAGAAAACGAAAAACAACCGAGUAAUUCAGUCUCAGCCCAGUGACCCCCUGAUGAUACGAAUUAAAGACCUGCCCAAACCUUCAGUUUCUCUGGAAUUUGCUAACAGUGACAAUGGAAAUGUCAGUAUUCACUGCACCGCUCCUGGUACCUACUCUCGGCUUUGGUUCCAGUUAAUGAGGGAAAAUAAAAUGGUCGAACAGGAAACAGUGGGCACAAAGGAAGCAACAUUCACAAUCAGGGACCUGAAUGAAAAAUAUUACUGCAUUUACCGGAUACGCCUUGGUACUGACUUUGCCUAUUCUGAAUUAAGUGACAUGAUAUUCCUGGGAAAACGCGAUCACACCACAGGCAACAUCAUCCGUUUAAUUCUCUCCGCAAUCCUCCUUAUUGCCACUGGCCUCAUCCUCCUAAACCACAUCAGCGAAUACCAGAAUCUAGAAGAUCUGCCCCCCGACCUGCCCAGUGCUCGAGUCCUGUUUGUCACACAGUCAGAGGAAACCGAAGUGCAGAUCCAGCAGGAACCUGCGGAGGAAAAUGAAUAUAAAGACUGAAAUCCUUUCAUUGCACAUUGGCACCUUUAUUUUCAGCCUAAUGGGCCUCAUUUAUCAACACUUGUAAUAACCCAUAACCACCAAUCAGAGAAUUGCUUUCAUUAAACCGCUUGCAGGAGACUGAUCAGAAUUAAUACAUGACUUACUUAGGAGAAAAGGCCCAGGUUACAUAGCAGAUAACAGAUAAAGUCUGUAAUAUACAAUGGUGUUUUAUACAAAUGAAUGGGAGCUUUUAUGCUGCUUUAAUUGGCCAAGGCUGUAUCCAUAGAUCUGAGUGGAAUAUGUCUGUGGAUCUAUUGUGUUAUGUACAGCACAGGUCAGCAUUUCUGCCAUGGGGUCCUGGGUUUAAUUCCAGCCAGGGCAUGUGUGUGGAGUUUGUAUGUUUUCCCUUGGGGUAAUUCAGAUUUCAUCUACGCUCAAAAAUUGAUAUUGGCUUCUGAUAAAACUGACCAUAGUGAAUGCAAUAGGGGCCUUAGAUUGCAAGCUCACAUAGGCUAAAGAUUGAUAUGAAUGAUAUACAGUCUCUGUAAACCAUUUGCCACUAUAUAUGAAGUGUAUAUAUACAAAUAAAGAAAAAGAAGAAUAUUCAUAUCAGA